AUGUCCGUUCCACCGUCACCAGGCCAUCCCCAUGAUGACAACCGCGUGGAGCAACGCAACGAAGACUUCUGUAGUAGUGUUGAUGUCGACCUGGUGAAAAAACUGGCCGCUCGUCACAAUGGUGACAAGCUCUGCCGCAUAUCGGCUGCCGCAGAAAGUGGCUAUACAUUCACCUGCUACAAGGUCACAUUUCCCGAUGAUGGCAAGGAGUGGGUGGUUCGUAUCGCCAUUCCGUCACCGCUCGAAGACGAGUGGGAUAUGGUCCGGACUGAGGUUGCGACUACGAGACAUCUUCAGCGCCUGACCAAGAUCCCCGUUCCCGCGGUCCACGCUUACGGAACUAACGAGCGCCUGACCACGGAUCAGUUGAAAACGCAGUCGUGGAUCAUCUCUGACAGGCUCCCUGGCAAGCCUAUCAAGGGUGAUCAUUUAAAACUCAUGACUCGAGAGAAGCGCUUGCGACUAUUCUCGCAGCUCGGGGACGUGCUUGCGCAGCUGCAGGAGCUAACGUUUCCCAACACGGGCUCUCUGUAUCCAGAUGAUUCGGACGAUAUGAAGGCCAAGAUUGGCCCUUCCCUCUGCCGCCAGGAUCGGGUCCUUGGAGGACUAGAUGGGGUUGCUCGGACUCGCCCAACCUUCAUCACCGCCUGGGACUCGAUCGAGCAUCAUCUCAGGAUGACGAGGGGCAUGCCUGACAUGAGACUUAUCAGACGCGUUAACGAUAUCAAAGAUGUGAUUUCUCGUCAGGUUGUGGCAUUGGACGCUGUGAACCGCCACGUACGAGACGAGAACCACUCCUUCUGGAGGGAGGACGCCGGCUUCACGCUGAGUCACCCCUGCAUGAUUGGCGAACGCAUCUUUGUCGAUGACGAUGGCAAUAUACAAGGCAUCGUUCAAUGGGCCUGUUCGGAGAUUUUGCCUCGCCAACUCUGCCACCCGCCGGAUUUGGUCAUGGGCACUUACUCCACUGCAAGCGAUCGCAAGCACAACCCCGUCUGGGCAGAGUUCCUCGAGGCCAUUACCCCGGACCACUCGUACCACAAGCACCUACGAUACUACUUGGACAAUAAGAAGCACAUGGGCUUUGCUUCCAUGCUGCGCUCCCCUAGCUAUGUGGACUUUUUGUAUUUCUGGGACAAGCUGUACUACACGCAGCACAAGCAGCCCCCGCCCGAGAUGCUCGCCGAGUUCUUCAGCAAGCCGGAGAACCAAGCCGAGCUGGACAGGCGGCUGGCGGACCAAAAGCAGCAUUCGGACGACGUUAUUGUCAGACAGGGCGCCGCGAUGGAGCCGAAGCUGGUGGAGAUCCGAGACUGGUUCAUAAAGGUCCAUGAAUUGGUCAUCCUUGCUUCGAAAUCGGGGAAUUACAUCUCUGAGCCCUUUUCGUCCACGCCUGUCUUUUACGCAUGGUCCGAAUGA